AUGGAACGACGGAAGCGGAAAUCCGCUCUAGCAAAUUACCUCAACAGUCUCAGCGACCCACCGGAAAAACUUAAGAAAAUCUCGGAUUUUUAUCAGAGUCUACGGCAAUUUUAUAAGAGAAAAUGGAAUGCACCAUUAAAGCUGCCGACUGUCCAAGGAGUGGAAGUGAAUCUUUUUCGGCUGUAUGACACCGUUAUGGCUCUGGGAGGAUGGCAGAAGGUGGCUUUGCAUGAAAAGUGGUCUGACGUAGCAGAAAUGCUUGGCGUUGGUGAAGACGUUGUUGGCGGGGAUCAUGCUAUAAAGCUGCUGUAUAUGAGAUAUCUCUCAAAGUACGAGCAGAUUGAAACUAUCGGUGACAUAGAUGAUAUGCUAGAUGGAGAAAUGUCUCGAUCCCGGGGCAGGCAAAGUUCAUUUUUUGCUACCAAUGAUUGCCCAGUCGGAAUGGGACGAAGUCAUGGUUUGUUUUUACGAGUUGUUGUCUCAGAGUACAUUCGUCGUGACGAACGUGGAAAUCCGUCAACUGAGCCCGACUACGCAAGGCUGACGAAGUCGCUUUUGAGUGGAUUGCCUAAUGAGGUUGAUUUUGCCAUGAAUGUAUGCACCCUCCUGUCACAUCCUGGUCCGCGGCUUCUCCGAUUAAGUCAUGCACCGAAUAUAAUAACAUUAUUAGUUGCUCACUGUGGAAUCUUCGAUGAUGAAGAUCAGGAUAUUUCCGAUCUCGCAGCUGUUUGGCAUCAGAAUGGUGGACGCGAUUUCACCAAUUUCUGGGCUUCGGCCGGAAUUCCACAGGACUUGUUGGAGAAGUUUGCACCACACGUUAUAGGGGAGAAAGUGGACUCCGAUGGCGAUAUUUUAACUGGUUUGGUCAAAGAAUUUGACGUGAGAGAUCCUAUGUCGUGGAGAAUCAAUCAGGUUUCGACAAUAGUGAGGAACCUGUCUUUCGAGCCCAUAAAUCGAGUCACUAUGGCUCAGUGUUGGCCGUUAUUUAGGUUCCUGUUUCUUUGUGCCACCAGCAAAUGGGCUCCGCUUUAUACCGCGGCCAUGGAUACCUUGAGCAACUUGGCUUGUGAUAUCGACCUCACCUGGCAUAAAAUGGUGCAUUGCUCUGAUCAUGCUCUACUGAGAAUCGUUAAAGAAGGCAUUUUCAGUAACGACAAAUUCAAGCUCAUACGGUCGAUGGAGAUACUCACCGCGCUGAGCACUUUUGAAGGGAAUGAGUCAACAAUAUGCGACUUCUUGGAUCGUAAAAUGUUCGAACACAUUUUCAAUGUCAUCUGUAUAAAAGACAUCAUGAUGUGUGUAUAUACGCUCGAGUGUCUCUACCAGAUUUCCGAGAUGGGAGAUGUGGCGUGUCAGUUAUUAGCCGAAAUGCCACGUGCUAUUACGCAAUUGGUGUCAAUGGCUACUCUUGAAGCGGUAAGCUUCGGACCAGCAGGGCUUGCUGGCAUGAAAGUAGUGGAAUAUCAGCCUACACAUCUCGUGCAACCUAUGAUGCAUCAACAGACACAUGGCCAGCAUAUUGUGCAACAUCAAACUCCUCAAACGCACCAACAGCCCAGGGUAUUGUACUCAGGUGGUACUCAAAUUGCUGGUCCACCACAGCAGAUGCGUCAUAUAGUCCAGCAGCAGCAACAACAUAUUCAACAUGUACCGACUCACAUUCAACAACCUCCUCAUCACCACGUUUCUGUUGUCCCCUCUACACCACGAACGCAUUUUGCUCCUGCUCCACAAGUUGCAGUAGCUCCAGCUGUUUCUACCAGCGGAGGAGGCGAAAACAAAGUAGAUCAACUCACAGAGCAGUGGAUUCGACAAAACUGUGUUUUGGAUCACAGCGCAGUAACUCCGCGAGGAGAACUUUAUGCUGCAUAUGUCGAUGAUUUACGUAAUCAGUACCAUUCUCUCAGUGGUAGUCUGGCAAUGUUCAGCAAUGUCAUGAAGUCUAUUUUCCCUGAACUGGUUUUCAAAAUGGCUGAGAACGGAUUGAUGAUGGUAGCUCAAGGCAUACGAUUAGUUAAACCACACAGACUGGCUCCUGCUGCGUCAGCUCAAGCGGUUAACAGUGCCAUGACCAUUCAGAACAAUCCCUUGCCUCCAGUGAUGAUUCCUGUUUCACCGUCACCACAGCCUCCUCCACACUCUGCCACAAUCGCUGCUCAUCCCUUGAUGAAACAAAUAUUGACGAAAAACGCACAAUCUUCAUUGCCUCUUGUCAAUGGUGUUAAUGGAGUAGCCAAGAGCGCCUCGCCAGCGGUGGACAUUAAUGCCGAGCAUAAGGAGGAAGUUCAACCGAAAAAUGCUGACGGUAAACCUCCACAAGAACAUGUAACUAAAAGCAAUGGGCAGAACGGGAAGACUGAGAAUGGUAUCGCAACAUCUGAUGAUGACCCAAGCGAUGACGAGAAAGCGUCUCGUCGUAAGGCACCUGAGACGAAGUCUGUUCUGAAGAGUUUGAUAGAUCCAUUAGCGGAGUAUAUGUGUGAAUGGGAUGGAUGCGCUGCAUUAUUUGCAAGUGCGUCUGCAGUCCUCUCUCAUGCGGCCAAAGUGCACAUCGUUGAUGACUGUGAGCAAGUGUGUCAAUGGCCAGGAUGUGACGGUACUUUGAGGAGCAGGUGGUCAUUAGUGACUCAUGUGCAGGAUCACCAUGCCAACGAGACCGCUCUUAAGAUGGCUCUUCAGAGGCGAAAGGAUGGAUUGGCUCCUGCACAGCCGCUUCGGUAUAGACAGGAGCUCCCACGUGAAGUACCUCAUCAUCCUGGUUAUAGUAAACAUGCAGCCAUAGAAGCAAUAAGGCGGCAUGCCUUCAACUUCCUUCCUAGAGAUAUAACGGAUGAGCCAGAAGGUCCAGUCACAAAGAGCAUACGUCUAACAAGUUGUUUGAUUCUGAGGAAUUUAGCACGCUAUUCUGCUACUGGAAGACAUUUAUUACGUCGUCAUGAGCGGCAUCUUUGUUGGUUAGCUCUAUCACGGCUCGAAAGUAGUCAUGCUCUAGCACAGUUGCUGUCUGAGCUUCAUGAUCAAGAUUCUGACUCCACAUCUCAGGCUAGUUCGCAAGUGUCUUCGUAG